UAGCCAGGAAGCCAGCACUGCAGCCCUGCCAUCCGCAGCAUGGAAUAUUACACGCCCCAUCCAAAUCGUCGCCACAACCCCGUGGACAGCAUAUGCCGCAAACUGCAGACCAUUCAGUGGCGCGGUGACCGAGAGCCCAAUUCAGCAUUCCAGAUCCCCAAACUCUCCUCCAACAAUUACUACAGCCCGCAGAGUGACCUCAGGCACAACCUGGAAAGCAUCCUGAAGAAAGGAACCCUCCACAGAGAUGAGGGGGAGAGGGGGAAGGGUAGAGGGAUGAGUCCUGCUGCAGCUUCCCAGAGGAGCAACAAGGGUUCCUCCAUCUCUCUGCCCACAUCUUCCACCCCUGCAUGCUAUACCUCCACGCCAACUAACCACACAUACACUAUCACUAGCACUCUAAGUGAGAGGAGAGGUGCAGAAGGGAGUGAUUUAAGACACAUUAAGACAUGGCCAGGGCAUUGUUCCACGCCCACAGGCCAAUCCAAAGAGUCCCCUUACUUUUCAUUCACACCCCAGAAGGGGCGGCCCGAGAGCGAGAGGACAAGCAAGACCCCCCACCUGUGUCGUACCUUCACCCCAAACAAAAGCACCCUCUCCUACAACCUCAACUUCUGCUCAGCGGACCGUGCAAACUCCACAGAGUGGGAGCUGCCCUACCCAGCUCUGGUUGUGAAACGGCUGUCCAUGGGAGAUGGAGGAUCUUCAGUAGCCUCUGAAAACAAGGAGAAUAUGGCAGAAAUCAGCUUAAUCUGUGAGGAGAAUCUGCUCGAUACCAUCUUCUAUGCCUGUGACACCCAGCGUCGAGGUAAAGUGUACGUCUCUCACAUCGUGGACUUCCUGCGGCACACCACCAGCCGCAACUCAGAAGACAGCGGCCUAGAAGACCUUUGCAACAUGCUCGACCCAGAACACAAGGACGUCUCCAUCGACUUGGUCACGUACCACGCCGUCAUGAAGGAGUGGAUCGAUGACUGCCGCAACAACGGGGAAGACACACCAGAUGAAGUCUCUCAGGAGGACUCAGUCAAACUCCGAGACAGCCUGUCAGCAAAGAGGUCCAUGUUGUUCAAUAUUACUUCGGGAAGCUUGGAGGCCUUUGGAGGGGAGGCGUCCAGAGCAGAAUUUGAGACGUCAGAGCUGGUGUGUUGUGUCGCUGACCUUCAGAUGAGCAACCAAAAGCUCGAGGAGGAGGUGAGGAAGAUGAAGCUGGUGAUGGAGAGCAUGGAGGACAGCAACCAGAAGCUGGCAGAGGAGAACGAGGAGCUACACAAUCAGGCCAGGGUUAACCAGCAGCUGGCCCAGAAGGAGAAGAUGCUGAACGAGGAGGUGGAGGAGAUGAAGGCCACUCUGAACUGUAGGGAGGAGGGCAGAGCGCGUGCCUCCGCUCACAGCAAACACGUGGAGAGAGAGAACCAGAGUCUCAUUGCCAGUAUCGCGUCUCUUCAGGAAGAGAACUUCAGGGUCACCGUGGAGACAGAAGAGCUUCACAGGAGGAUAACCGAGCUGCGUGACAUUAACACUGACCUUCAGGUGCAAAUUCACUCUUUUGAUGCGGUUGUUGGUGAAAAGGAAGCUGUGAUAGUAGAGAAGAGCAGACUGAUAGAUGAGCUGAAGUCCGCAGUGGAGGAAUACUCAUCCAUCACUGAGCUGCUGAGGUCACACAAGAGCAAGCUGGAGAGCCAGAUGCAGAUGAUGCAACCAGACAUGUCUGGGGCUGGUCUGUCCCUGUCGGUGGCCUUCAGGUUGAACCAGAGCAGCUCAGGAUCCCUGCAGACAGAACUGGCUCUGGCUCAGUCACCACUGGAGGCCCACCAUGGAGUUGAGCUUUUAUCCACCACGAUGAGCUAUGUCUCCCCUCUGGAUAUAACGCUGGACAGGGAGGUGCUGCUGAUGCUGCAGGGACCCAACCCGGAACAAAUGGCUCGGGAGUUCAACAACCUCCUAAAUAAACUGAAAAGGAAUUUCAGAGAAGAAACCAACUCCGUCUUAUCUACAACUAGAGGCUUGUUGGACAACUGCGCACAGCCAGCAGGCGACCAGGACACGGUUCUCCAGAAGGUGCAGGCCGAGCUGGACGCGAAGAGGGAGGACUGGGCCCUCAGCCUGGACCAGCUGGCCCAGUACACAGACUCUCUGGAGAAGGAGCUGAUCAAAAUGGCCAGUAACAUGAGGAGGUCCCGCACUGAGAUCCUGCACCUUUCAGUCAGGGUGCAGGAGCAGGAGAACCAGAAGCAGCAGCUUUGUGAGGAGCUGGAGCAGAUAAAGACACCUCAGGACAGCAGAGAGGCCUCGUGCCAGACACCUGCACCAGAGGAAGAGCCUGGAGAUGACUUGGACUGGGAUGAGGAGUUCGCCCUUCAAGAUUUCCUGAAGAACGAGUUGGCGGAGAGGAACUGCAAAGAGCAGGGAGGGCGAACAGAGAGAGGCGAGGAGGAGGACGGGGAGGAGAGGUGGACGGUGGUGGACACAGCUGGAGAGGGGGAAGUGAGGGACACCUCCACUCCGGUGUCUGCCCUCUCUGGGAGGACGCUGCCUCAAAACGGAGCAGCAGAAGAGAGUCAUGACUCUGCAGCCUGCACUGAGUCAGAGCAAGACUUGGACGUCCAGUCUAUGCAGGAGCAGGAAGCGGUGCCAUUGAGCGCCCACUCACAAGCUGUCGGCAUUAGAAACCCAGAGGCGGAUGCUCCUCCUGAUCUGUCCCACUCAAAGAACAACAAUGGAGAGGCUCUUGUGACUGAAGAGUCUCCCUCCUGUGAUCCAGCCCAAAAUCAGAGCAGCUCACCUGAACAAGAACCAACAGUCACACCAAGUAACACCCCUCCCACAGAAGUUCCUACCGACAGCACAUCACCUGGACCAGAUGAGACCAUUACCCAGACUGAGAGCACCCAGCCUACCAGUGAGGACCACGGGGAAGAAGAAGAAGAGAAAGAAGGCGAGGCGGAGCCAAGCACAGGAGACAUGAGUCGUACUAAGAGCCCGAGCCAGGACCAGUCUGCAGACAGAUCAGCAGCCGAGGACAGCACGUGUCUGCUACCCGUGUUGGUUGAAGAGGAGGAGAGUGUGCAGGACGGUACAGCAGAGGUGGUGCCAACAGUAUCCGCCAGCAUGGAAGAGACUGACCGGUUCACCAGCAGCUCUCCUCAGUCGGGAUCGUCCGUCACACACGCCAGCCAAUCGGGGAGUGGCGUUGGCAGCGUGACCUCUGACCCCAGCCAAUCUGAGGAUAGUGCAGCCAAAAAAGACUCCCUCCCCCUCGGUGGCAAAAAAAAGAGGGAACUGGAGCGGGAAAGCAGCAUGGAGGUCAUCGAGGAGUGCAAGGUUCAGGAGGACCAGAGUGAGAGCAGCGUGGCCACGGACAAAGGAUCUGGUAUGUCGGGAAGCAGUGGUACCGCCAUAGCGGACAAGAACAGCCUGUCGCCUAAUGACAAGGAGAUUGAGGCGGACUUCCAGCGCCUGGCGUUGGGUUUUAAGUGCGACAUGUUUACCCUGGAGAAGAGACUCCGGCUGGAGGAGAGGUCACGUGACCUGGCUGAGGAGAACGUCCGCAAAGAGAUCUCCAGCUGCCAGGGCCUACUGCAGGCUCUGACUCCUCUGUGUGAGGACGACAACCAGUCCAUGGAGAUCAUCCAGCGGCUCCAGAAGAACCUGGAAAUCCUCAUCCAGUCCAUGAGCAGGGUGUCCAGUCGCUCUGAGAUGCUAGGAGCUAUUCACCAGGAGAGUCGUAUCGGUAAGGCUGUGGAGGUGAUGAUCCAUCACGUGGAGAACCUGAGGAGGAUGUACACCAAGGAGCACGCCGAGCUGCUGGAGCUGAGAGAGGCGCUCAUGCAGAACGAGAGGUCGUUUGGUUCACAAACGGAGAGGGGUAAGGAUGAUUUCCGUGGCAAGAAGCAGCCGACACAGUACUACAAGUCAUCAACCCGGCGGGUCAGCAUAGCAGCCAUCCCUCGCUCUGGUGGAGGCAACAUGCAGUUUGACAUGUCCAAAACACAAGACUGCUCAGAGACUGAGACGGAGCGACUGACCAGACGAUCCCCAUGGAAUGUGGGCGGGAAGAGCUCAGCGCGCCCCCCACUAAAGCGCUUUGUUAGCUCUGCGGCCUGGGUUGAAACUGAAGAACCUUCUCUCUUGAUGAAGGGGACGGCCUACGACAACACCGACUGCCAGGUGGAGGACGAGCAGAAGGAGGAGCCGGUGGCAGAGAGGAGGAGGUCCAGCCUCAGUGAGCUGGGGAGCAAACUCACCUCCCUCAUUCUGCCCCUCAAGACUCCGACCCCCUCCCCUAGCCCCACUUCCACAGACCCAGGAAUGGCCCAGUCUCUGUCCCACAGCCUCACCUCUUCCCGGACGGCCGCAGCAGCCGCAGUAGCCAGGAGUGGCCGGGGGCUCUGGCUCUGGUUGGCCAUGGUGGUGGUGCUAGCAGGUCUCCUGGCGCUGCUGGCCAGCCUGGUGAUGCAGCCAGCGGUUGAUGCCGCCCCUGUGGGGACCGGGGACUCCUGGAUGACCAUCCAGCAGCUACUGUGGCCCUACACGGGGCUCCGGCAUAACGGACAGCCCCCCGUCUAACCCCUGAGACCCGGGAUGGAUGUUGUUACGCCCUUCAACCUCUGCAGAUCCAGGCACUUGGUUGGCGAUGUAGUGCAGUGUACCUAAACCCAGAGGCUGUUGGUAUGUUUACUGGUGCCUGAAGACUCCCAACACAAGACUCUCAUUAACAGGCCAGGCCCCAGGGGAUAGUUAACCCUAUGGAGGCUUUAUGCAUCAUGUCACGUUUGCUCAGUUAGUUAGUUAGUGUGUGUGUGUGCAUUUGUCUGUGUUUGAAGAGAAGAAGCAGUUACAGGUGGGGAAAACCAAAUCUCCUGUUACAGUUGGCUGCCCAACGUCCUGAACGCAUCAUGAUGCAGUUUUCCUAUCUACCCAGACCCAAUACAAUCUGUCAAAUCAGGCUUGAUCAGUCAUCUGAGCUACAACGAUCGCCAAUCAUGUUCCAACUUCAACAGAAUGACAGCACUGAAUCCACCGGGUCAUACAAUGGGCCGCUGUGCAGUUUCCAUUGAUGCACAUCAUGGACUAUGGCUCUUAUUGUGCCACAAGGCUUUUUAAACAGUGCAUGCACUUGAGGAAAAGGGGCGACUCUCCGCCUUUUUGAUGAAAUGAGGACAUUUUAUAACUUUAAGUCAAUAAGCACUGGUAAUUAAACUUUUGUUAAAGUGUAUUUAAAUGUUUGAAGUCUAUAUUGAGUGUCUUAGUUUUGAGUGGGGAUAUGUGAAUAUAUAUUUUUGUUAAUAAGUUAUAAUUAUACAUUGUUACAGUCUUUACACCAAAGGUUUUUAAUUGUAUCUUCCUCUUGCUGUGGUUGUCACCGUUUUCAAGUUAAUUUUCUUUUGUAUGUUCCAAAGAAGAUGCGUGAAACUUUGCACACAAAUAAAGUAGCAAAUUCUACAAUAGAA